CUUCUGUCUGGCCAAAAAUUGCCAUAUGCAUUCCACCACCUUCAUGGACAUGCCACUCCCCAGGUCUCAGCCUGCUUCUCGAUCAUGUGUUCUGGAGUGUAAAUCGCUCUCAGUGAGAGUAAUCUGGCAUCUACCUAGGGACAGAUCUGGUCCACCAACCUGAACAGACUGCCCUAAUGUUUGUUGAUGCUAGAUGAGCUACGACUGAAGAAAGAAAGACAUGUACGUCUUGGAUGACAAGGGGGCAAACAAUGGAAUAAUUGUGAAUAAAUCCCAGAGUGUUUAUGCUGGAGAUGCAGCAGGUCGUCCUGUAAAUUGGGCUCCAGGGAAGAAGAAGAAGGACUUCUCCUGUAGUGACCGGCUGUUUGCUCUGAACAUUGGUAUACAGUUUCACACUCCAGAGGAGUUCUUCCUUGGUUGGAAAGCUGCUCCCUAUGAUUUGCCAUCAUUUGAUCCGAGAGGUUUAGACCCAAAGGGACGUCUGUAUGACCCUCCUACUGCCUCGCUCACUUCUACCUGCCAGGAAAUCAUUGUUGCUGUUGGAUUCCCUGGUUCUGGCAAAUCCACUUUUUUUCAAACCCACAUCAUUCCUAAGGGAUAUGCGUACAUAAACAGGGACACACUGGGGUCAUGGCAGCACUGUGUGUCAGCAUGUGAAUGUGCACUGAAGGAAGGACACAGCGUGGCUGUGGACAACACUAAUCCUGACCUCGAGUCUCGAAAGCGGUAUUUGGAUGUCAGUAAGAGUGCUGGAGUUCCCUGCCGAUGCUUUAACUUCGCUGCCUCUCUGGAACAAGCCAAGCACAAUAACAGGGUGGGCAGAGUCUUCUCUGUCAUGUGGUGUUGCUGCAGGUUACACCACAUGAUUUGCUUGACUUAUUAACCUGCCUGUACAUUUGACUUUAUUAAUGUGGCUUCUACAUUCAGAUUUAUGGUGAAAAGUUAAAAAGUAAACUACAAAUUCGAAACAGUGCUAAAUGAUCAGGGACGUUCUUAAAACAUUUCAGCGAAAUGUUAUUUUUAUGUAUGCUCUCUAUCCCAGUGUAACAUCUUCAGUGGUGCCUCCCACUCUCCACCACCAGAGGGAACCCUUUGGUGAAUCCAGCGGAGUUUUCUCAUCUUCAGGCCCAUUUUACAUACCAGGAAAAACUACUGGCAACAUAUCAUCAGCAGAUAACCCACCUACAGGUCACGAAUGAGAAACUAACUAAUUCUAAGUACUGAGAUCUGAGCUCACCAUGAUGGCACUCCCAGAUAAGUUUGAUGGUUCAUCGGAUAAAGGCCUGGUCACACCACAAGACUGUAACCGCCGGCAGAUCGCGUUGCUGUUCAGAGUACAUGACUUCACUGUAUGUCUUUAUGUCUUUUUGUUCUUUGUUGCGGUGUUCACACUACGCAACGCUUUGUAAAUGAUCCACAAGAGGGGGUCGCACACCCCACGAUCUGACAACAACUCUUGUCACCCAACUCCAUCCCCAAACCACGUUUUGUCACGAAAACACACGCGACAGGUGCAUCCGGAAAUGACGCGAGACUUUCGGUAGAGGUUUGUUUUG